GCUAAAUAUAAGACCACAAUUAAGCUGAUAGCAAUGCCAGUUAAAAACGAACACCAAUCCAAACUUUCUGAGAAAAAAAGGCUAUUGGUAUCCAUUUCUUGCCGUUGUCUUCAGAAGCUUACUGAUGAAGAGUUUGAAGCGAUGGUAUACCUAUGCAGUGAAGAAUUAAAUAUGUCUUCUGAUGACCAAAUUACUUUAAAAAAUGGAUCUAAGUUGAAGUUUUGCCAAACACUGGAAAGAAUAGGCUACCUGUCAGAAGAAAAGUUGGAAUUUCUUGUGAAAUUACUUGAAGCGGUUGGUCGGGAAGACCUUAUUGAAAAUAUUGAAACACAUGGAAAUAACAACGGUGCCCCUAUAAACCAGGUGAAAGAGAAUAAAUGUGCUAAAAAUCAUCACGAUCAAGAGAUCUAUGUAUGGUGUAGAGGAGAAAACAUUGUUAAGGGACUAGCCGCGGCGACGGUGAUUGGAGGUACCGUAUUGGUGUGCAGGAAAUUUGCUGAUAAACCUGAGUAUGCUGCAUCAUUGAUUGGUAGCGCGGUCCUUCCAGUUGGGACCUUCAUCAAGGGGUUAUUUCCAGGAUCGGUUAUAUUGGUGAUUGAGGCUACAGAUACAGAUACUCUUGAAGAACUAUGGAAGAGAUAUAAGAGCGGUAAACUGGAAAAGGACCUAGAAAUGGUACUGAUUGGCGAAUCAAAUACAGGCGAUAUGAGAUUUGAAGUUGAAAUAAGCGAGGAAAAUUACAAAGAUGUUUAUCAUACGUUGAUAAAGAAACAAAUAGCCAAGAUGAACCGUCGCUAUUCUGACCCUACGCUGCCAAUAUCGAAAGGUUACCAAGCAUUUGGUAAGUCGCCCUUAAGCAGGAGUGACGACAACUUACAGCGCAGAAAAGAAUACCUCAAGCAAGGAGACCCACCAUCAACCUCCAAAACUAGAAGGAAUGCAGAUGCUGAAGGAAGCAAAGUAAAUUCUUAUUUCAUCCUUGGAAAACAUUUCCUGUCUUUAGGGCAAUACGACAAAUCUGUUGCCCUUCUUGAAAAGUGCGUAAAGGUGGCGAAAGAUUGUGAAGAUGGUAAAGCUGAAAUGGAGGCUCAUUUGGCGCUAGGUAAAGCUCAGUUCUUAAAUAAUCAAUAUGAAGAUGCUGUCAUCAGUGCACAGAAUUGCAUUAAGAUGGCCAAACAAAAGGAAGACAAAGCUACAGAAGCCCAUGCCUACAAUUUACAGGGAAGCAUUUACUGCUCUAUGGACUAUCAAGAUAAAGCAAAAGAAUGCACAACCAAAUCUCUUGAUAUAGCAGAACCAUGUGGUUUUCAAGAAGUUGAAGCAGAUGCUUGGUUUAUACUUACAAGUGUUUCUUGCUCCGAGGGUCGCUAUGAUGAUGCAUUUUGUUACAACGAUARAUGCAUGCAAUAUGCUCAAGCUACAGGUGAUAAAUCAAAAGAAACGAGGUGUCACUUACUACGUGGGAGGGCAUUCUAUGAAUCGAGUCAGUACGAGGAUGCCAACCACACGAAAUCAAGAUAGGUCUUGAAAUGGCAGAAGAGAAAGGUGACAAACAAGCASAGAUAGAUGGUUGCUUGAUAAUGAUCAUGCUAAAGAAUACUUUGCACCGCUACGACGAAGUUGAAAUACUCAGCAAAAAGUGCGCGGAGUUGGCUAGGCAAAGUGGCAAUACAGCCGCUGAAAUCAAAGCAUACCUGGCCCUCGGAAAGAACUACCAACUCCAAGAGAAAGAGGACAUUGUGCAAAA